CGCGAGUACAGCUGUGUGCGCGCGCCCCGGCGCGGGCACGCGAACUCCAGCUCGUGUGUAGUAACCCAGGGCUCACAGUGGAGCUGUGAGCUAGACAUGGCGGCGGACCCUCAGCCGGACUGGCUCUCCUGCCUUCCCUCUUCUUGGAGUUAUGGGGUGACUCGGGAUGGACGCAUAUUCUUCAUCAACGAAGAAGCAAAGAGUACAACCUGGCUGCAUCCUGUUACUGGGGAGGCUGUAAUCACGGGCCACAGAAAAACUCCAGAUUUACCAACAGGAUGGGAGGAAGGAUAUACGUUCGAGGGGGCUCGCUGCUUCAUCAAGUGA